AGCCAUGCCCUGACCAAAGAACUUGGUGACAGCUUGAGAAUGUCCCUAAAAAAGCUUCUACUCUGUGUUUGAAGGAAAUAUAAUCUAAUUCUGUCAGCACAACAUAGUGGAUCGUACGUGCAUCAUCUACUGAUCGAUUGGGAUUAAUACGAGUGGCAUCCGUCUAUUUUAAGGCAGGUUGACAGAAAUAUAUCAUACCUGGGAUAUUACUUGUACUCCAUCUCUCCAUCACGAUGCCCCAGGCCGUUGGCGUUGUAUUUGGUGGGUCGGCAUAUCUUUUCUCCGCUAUUUCUUUCCGGGAAUAUCUCCGAAACGGAUCAAUAUCAUCGAGCCCGACCAUCUACAAACAACACGGAGAUCCGUCCCAAAAUUUCGACAUUCGUGUUAUCCGUUAUGCUUGUUAUUUCGCAAUUAACAUAGGCAUUGUAAAUGAUCUACGGGGGCGACAGAGAUUAUCCGUUCAGUCAUGGAGCCUGAAAUGGACGUUGACAUCCCCGAGUCUCGGGGCACCAAGCGGCCUAUUGAUGAUACCGAGGGCGCUCGUAAACCUAAAAAAAUCAAAGCCCUGGAUCCGGAUGUUGUGAACAAAAUCGCGGCCGGAGAAAUUAUUGUGGCUCCCAUGCACGCACUGAAGGAGCUAAUAGAGAACGCGGUCGAUGCAGGGUCGACUUCCAUCGAGAUUCUUGUGAAAGAAGGAGGUCUUAAACUUCUUCAGAUUACCGAUAAUGGCCACGGAAUUGAACGAGACGACCUUCCCAUUCUCUGUGAGAGAUUCACAACCUCCAAACUGAAAGAGUUUGAGGACCUCACGUCAAUAGCCACAUACGGGUUUCGUGGCGAGGCGUUAGCUAGUAUCAGCCAUAUUGCCCAUCUAACUGUAACCACGAAGACCGCCGAGUCGAGCUGUGCGUGGAGAGCUCAUUAUGGAGAUGGAAAGCUAGUUCCUUCCAAGCCAGGGCAGAACGCUGUCCCAAAAGCCACCGCGGGCCGUGGAGGUACACAGAUAACAGUCGAGGACCUGUUUUAUAAUGUGCCAACUAGACGCAGAGCAUUCCGCUCAGCCAGUGAAGAGUACGCCAAGAUCCUGGAUGUAGUUGGCCGCUAUGCAGUGCACUGCUCUGGUGUUGCUUUCUCUUGCCGCAAACAUGGCGAUGCAGGCGUCAGCAUUUCAACGGCAGUUGCUCUAAAUACCACUGACAGAAUUCGUCAAAUUCAUGGGAGUGCAGUGGCUAAUGAACUGGUCGAGUUCAGCGUCCAGGAUGAGAAGCUGGGUUUCUCUUCAUCUGGAUUGGUCACGAAUGCAAACUACCACGUUAAACGAACCACUAUUCUUCUUUUUAUUAACCAUCGCGCAGUCGAGUCUACCCCCAUAAAGCGAGCCGUGGAGCAGACAUACGCAAGUUUCUUACCAAAAGGUGGACAUCCUUUCGUCUACAUUGACCUCGAGAUUGAACCACACCGGUUGGAUGUAAACGUCCAUCCUACAAAACGGGAAGUAAACUUCCUCAACGAGGACGAAAUCAUCGAGAGCAUUUGCGCGGAGAUCAGAUCGAAGCUGGCGCAAGUUGACUCCAGCCGAACAUUUUUAACCCAAACACUCCUCCCUUCCGUACAGACUCUUGGACCAUCAGCUCAAGAGCCAGAGGCCGGACCCAAAACACCAGCAGCCACGAAAAAACCAUACGAGAACAACCUAGUACGUACCGACUCCCGCGUACGUAAAAUAACCUCCAUGUUAUCACCCGCAAUGCACCAAACCACCACGGCAGAGGGAGCUGAAGCGGAACCAACCGCUCAGACCGUUCUCGACGAAGGCUUCCACUACGACACAACAGACCGCGAACCCCUCAAAAUCGCUUUGACAUCCGUGAAGCACCUACGGGCUACCGUCCGCAAUUCAAUGCACAACUCGCUGACCGAAACCAUCGCAUCCCACACGUACGUCGGCCUCGUUGACGAACAACGCCGUAUCGCGGCCGUCCAAUCGGGCGUGAAGCUUUACCUUAUAGACUACGGCAUGUUCUGCAACGAAUUCUUCUACCAAAUCGGCCUAACAGACUUUGGAAACUUCGGCACAAUCAAACUAGACCCAGCCCCUAAAAUCGUAGAUAUCCUCCGCAUAGCGGCAGAUGCUGAAUGCGAGGCCGCCACCAGCAAUGAUACUCAGCAAACCGAGGAAGAACGCUCCAUUUUCUCCAACGCCCCCGAGAUUGUCGCAAAGACAUUGGUUGAUAGACGAGAAAUGCUCAGCGAGUACUUUUCCAUCCACAUCUCAGAUGAUGGCCACCUCCUCACCCUCCCCCUGUUGUUAAAGGGUUACUUGCCCUGCUUGGGCAAACUGCCGCGAUUCCUCCUCCGUCUUGGCCCGUAUGUCGAUUGGACAAGCGAGCAAGAAUGUUUUCGGACGUUCUUGUGGGAACUCGCGUCCUUUUAUACGCCGGAGCAGCUACCCAGGCCGCCCCAGGCGGAGCAGCAGCAGCAGGGAAAUUUGGAAGGAGACCCUGAAGAUAAAGAGGAUGAGCUUGUCCGAAAUCGUCGAGCGCAAAUGGUGCGCAUGCUAGAACAUGUUGUUUUCCCAGCUCUAAGGGCGCGGCUUGUUGCUACUACUAGGUUGCUGAGGGGCGUUGUGGAGGUUGCGGAUUUGAAAGGAUUGUAUAGGGUCUUUGAACGAUGUUAAAGGGAUAAAUUUGCAUGAGUAGAUACGAAUUUAUGAUUUACUGACGGGAGAUAGUUGCUGAAACGUGUCGUGCAUUAGAUUUAAUGGGAUGAUUGAAGAUAUCAAGCCGACUAGU